ACCUGGAGAAUAACACACGAGGAACAAGGAGGCCUGAUGAAAGUAAAAGAGGAAAGACAAGAUCGGAAUGAAGUGGAGGAGAAACAUCAGGAUCAGAAAGAUCAUGAUAUCAAUGGAGAAAAAUCAGCGAGUUGCAGCAUUCAAAUAACAGACGUCAAAAGGCCUUUCAGCUGCUCUCAGUGUGGAAACACUUAUAAACAUAAAAGAAGCCUUACGAAACACAUGAGAAUUCAUAGUGAGGAAAAGCCUUUCAGCUGCUCUCAGUGUGGAAACACUUUCAUGUGUAACCGAAGCCUUAAGGAUCACAUGUUAAUUCAUGCAGGAAUAACGCCUUUUACCUGCUCUCAGUCUGCAAAGACUUUGAAACAGAAAGGAAGCCUUAUGAAACACAUGAGAAUUCAUAGUGGGAAAAAGCCUUUCAUCUGUUUUCAGUGCGGAAACACUUUCACGUGUAACAAAAAUCUUAAGGAGCACAUGUUAAUUCAUGCUGGAAUAAAGCCUUUUACCUGCUCUCAGUGUGGAAAGAGUUUUACACAAAAAGUACACCUUAAGAAUCAUUUGGUAACUCACACUUCAGAAAAGCCUUUCAGCUGCUCUGAGUGUGGAAACACUUUCACACGUAAAGCAAACCUUAAGAAGCACAUGCUAAUUCAUACUGGGAUAAAGCCUUUCAGCUGCUCUCAGUGUGGAAAGAGUUUCACACAGAAAGGACACCUUUAUCAUCAUUUGGUAACUCACAAUUCAGAAAAGCCUUUCAGCUGCUCUCAGUGUGGAAAGAGUUUCACACGUAAAGGAUACCUUGAGACUCACAUGUUAAUUCAUACUGGAGUUAAGCCUUUUACCUGCCCUCAGUGUGGAAAGAGUUUUAUAUGUAAAGGAAUCCUGAGGAAUCACAUGCUAAUUCAUGCUGGAAUAAAGCCUUUCAGCUGCUCUGAGUGUGGAAAGACAUUUACACAGAAAGGACACCUUAAGGUUCACACUGCCAACACGCAUUUAUUUUCAAACAACAUAUAAAAGGGAUUUUUGCAUCUGAUAACCGAAACUUGUGUGCUAUGUAGUGAUGGAUAUUAAGGUUUUAAAGGUAUUACUGCUCUUACAGAUACUGCUGAUCUUUUUUUGUUAUUUGAAAAGAAAAACAAAACAGACAUUUAAAGAAAUUAAGAACACAUUUAGAACAUUGCUGACAUUUUAAAAUUUCUCAGUCCCUUUGGCCCAAUUCUCAGGAUGUGAACUUUUCGUUGCUAUGUGAACGUUGCUAUGUGACCAUAGAAUAACCAAUACAGAACAUCCUCCUAAAGUCAUAUUGGGAACGUUUUUAAAUGACUUAAAGAGGACCAUGUGUCCCAAAUGUCCCAAAUGUCCUCUUUGUAACGUUCUUAUAUGACCAUAAAAUAACCAAAAUGGAACGUCCCCCUAAAGUCAUAUAAGGAACAUUGAACAGCAGCACUUUCAUAAUCAAAAGGGGAUGUU